AUGUCAGCCAACAUUUCAACCUCAUUCUCAGAUCAACUUCCUCACUCCUAUUCCACCAUCUUCCUCAAAGAUAUGAGACUCCUUCACACAACUAGGAUAACCGUCGUCGAGUUCAUUGGCGCUCCUCCGCCAUACGCCAUCCUCUCGCACAGAUGGGAAGAUGAAGAGGUUACCCUCCGCGACCUUGUGAAUGGGCGUUCCCAACAAAUGAAGGGUUAUGAAAAACUUCGGAAAAGCUGCACCCUUGCAUCCGACCAUGGGUUCGAGUACAUAUGGAUUGAUACAUGCUGUAUCGAUAAAUCCAGCAGUGCAGAACUUUCCGAGGCCAUCAACUCGAUGUUCAAGUGGUAUCAAGACGCCGUGAUUUGCUACGCCUUCCUCAGCGACGUGUCUACAAGCACUCGCGCUCCCGCUACCUCCCGCCAGGAUCUGUACGAGAUAACUACCUCACAAUGGUUCACCCGUGGCUGGACCUUACAAGAGCUGAUUGCUCCUCGGGCUGUUCACUUUUAUAGCCAGCAGUGGGACUAUCUUGGUUCGAGGAACGCGGCCGCCGAAGCUAUUCAACUUGCCACUGGAAUCUCUACUGGAGCAUUACUUGGGCAGGACCUCUUGGGUAUAUCGAUCUACCAGAGGAUGCGAUGGGCAUCGACGAGAACGACAACACGACCUGAGGAUAUGGCAUACUGCCUUCUCGGGAUAUUUGACGUGAACAUACCCCUCUUAUAUGGCGAGGGGAAGAAGAAGGCAUUUCAAAGACUGCAGGAAGAAAUUCUCAGGAAAUCGACCGACUUGUCCCUCUUUCUAUGGACAAUACCCCGGGAAGAGGACCAGGACCCUGACUUGGAGUUUCGAGGUCUCCUCGCCGAGGACCCUUCAUGGUUUUCCACAAGCGGAUUUUAUGGGUUCGACGAAAGCCUGCGCCAGAGCAACUCGGGUAUCACAUCCUUGCAGGAUACGGCCAUGGCCAUCACCAACAAAGGCAUCAGUGUUCAGUGGACAAUCAUGCCAGUUCCAGCUGACCCUGCCAGGACGCUCCACCUUGCCAUGCUCGCUGGAUCAGGUGACAUCACGGGCGGUAUUGUUAUCCAGCAGCUGGAUCAAGAAGCCACUCAGUUUUGCCGCGUACUCUCCGAUAAGGUUAUCUGGCUCAUUAGGAGCGGGGAUAUUGCCGGCGUUCUCAACUAUGACUUAUUAGGGAGCACGGGGGGUCUACUGAGUGCGUCCCUCGACUCUGGGCCGAGGUCCUUCUACGUGAGUCCGCACUCCGACUCGUCGAACAAGCCGUCACUUCUUGGCGUGGGCUUCUCCUUCACUCGGCACAAGUGCAUCGAAGGAAAAUCCAGUCUGAAGGAGUUCUGGGCUGAGAAAGAAGGUCCUUCUGUAGAGUUUUGUCAAGAUUUUGUACCUGGAAGCUCGACUUGGGUUGCACGGUUUCGUCCUGAGCAAAUUUCCGAACUAUUCAAGACUUCAGGGGGAGCAGGUGCGUCAAAGGCAUUGGGAGCCUUGGCCAUAUCGGUUAAAGCUCGAACUAGCGAUGGAACGUACAUGUACAAGGCCAAACGUGAUCAUUGCGUGGUUGUUGGGGUCGACAUCUUGCCGCAAACAGUCAUCGGCACCACGAACACGUUCCUCGAGCCAUGGAUCGUCAAUACUGAUGAGGCAAGCCCAGAAGAAGCCAUCCGAGAUGUUGAUCGCCAUCUAGAACCGAGAAUGUGUAGGGAGGCUGACGUUGGUGAGGGAGAUUGCCGGUGUAGCCUGCGCAAGCUAACACGGGUUACGGGACUUUGGUACGAUAUCAGAAUCGCAUUAGAGGGUAAAUGGGAUGAUUGA